UUUGGACAAAGGGCGUGACGUCAGAGGAAAUUUGCAUGCGCACAGUAUUUAUUGUGUGGCGGAGCAGACGACGCGCAUUCUGCUCCUGCUGCGACGGGACGUGCAUCUCUUGGUUGUGACGCAAACGCCGAUCUGCUGCAAACAUGUGUGACAAACCCGACGUCAAGGAAGUCGAAUCGUUUGACAAGUCAAAGCUGAAGAAGACGGUAACUCAGGAGAAGAACUCUCUGCCAUCCAAAGAAACCAUUGAGCAGGAGAAGGCGGCGUCCUAGAGACGGGUUCCUCCUGUGAGCUGUACAUUCCACAAGCCUCGGCCUUUAUCGACAUGCAUUCCAAAUUACAGCGUUUGUGCGACCCCCGCCCCCCACUCCACCUGCACCUGCCUCCACCUUCCUGUUCACCAAGGAAGUGGCUCCGUCAUCAGCCGCGGCCUCUGUCUCCUGCAUGUAGAGCAGUCUGCUCCUGGAUGCGUCAUGCACCCACAGAUUUGCAGCCGCUUGUUAAUGCUAGCGAAGCAAAAGCAGUUUGUCUCUGUCAAACCUCUGGAAUGCAUAUGUUUGUUAAAUACGCAUAAUAAAAAAAUGUAAAGACUC